UGCCCUCAUCUUUUAUCUUUUCCCAGGCAAGCAUGGGAUCUUGCUGUGGAUAUAUGCCUUUCUCAGCUGCCUACCAUUAUAGAGGAAGGAACUGCAUUUAGGCACAGCCCAUUCUUCGCUGAACAGCUUACAGCCUUUCAGGUAUGGCUAACAAUGGGAGUGGAAAACCGCAAUCCUCCUGAACAGCUCCCUAUUGUAUUGCAGGUAUUGCUGAGUCAAGUACAUCGGCUACGAGCUCUUGAUUUACUGGGCCGUUUUUUGGAUCUGGGUCCCUGGGCUGUUAGUUUGGCUUUAUCUGUUGGCAUUUUCCCCUAUGUAUUAAAGCUCCUUCAAAGUUCUGCUCGAGAAUUAAGACCUCUUCUAGUCUUCAUCUGGGCCAAAAUCCUUGCAGUGGACAGUUCAUGCCAAGCUGACCUUGUGAAGGACAAUGGUCACAAAUAUUUCCUUUCUGUUUUGGCAGAUCCCUACAUGCCGGCUGAACAUAGAACAAUGACAGCUUUCAUCCUGGCAGUGAUCGUCAACAACUACAACACAGGACAGGAAGCCUGCCUUCAAGGGAACUUGAUUGCCAUUUGCCUGGAACAGCUGAAUGAUCCACACCCUCUGCUGCGCCAGUGGGUGGCUAUUUGCUUGGGACGUAUCUGGCAAAAUUUCGACUCUGCAAGGUGGUGUGGUGUGAGGGAUAGUGCUCAUGAAAAGCUCUAUAGUCUCCUCUCUGAUUCAAUACCAGAGGUUCGCUGUGCAGCAGUCUUUGCCCUUGGCACCUUUGUAGGCAAUUCUGCUGAGCGGACUGAUCAUUCCACUACUAUAGAUCAUAACGUUGCCAUGAUGCUGGCCCAGCUCAUUAAUGAUGGAAGCCCCAUGGUCCGAAAGGAGUUAGUUGUGGCACUGAGUCACCUUGUGGUUCAGUAUGAAAGCAAUUUCUGUACAGUUGCCUUACAGUUUAUGGAAGAAGAGAAGAACUAUGCAUUGCCCUCACCUGCUGCUCCAGAGGGUGGAAGUCUGACUCCAGUCCGAGAUAAUCCAUGUACUCCAAAGCUCCGUUCUGUCAGCUCCUAUGGAAACAUUCGAGCAGUCACUACAGCAAGGAACUUGAAUAAGUCUCUGCAGAAUCUCAGUUUGAAUGAAGAAUCUGGGAGCUCUGUUGCAUUUUCCCCUGGGAACCUGAGCACCAGCAGCAGCGCCAGCAGCACCUUGGGCAGCCCUGAAAAUGAAGAAUAUAUCUUGUCUUUUGAGACGAUUGACAAGAUGAGGAGAGUCAGCUCCUAUUCAUCAUUGAAUUCUCUGAUAGGGGUCUCUUUCAAUAGUGUUUAUACCCAAAUUUGGAGAGUCCUCUUACACUUGGCUGCUGAUCCAUACCCUGAUGUUUCAGACCUGGCCAUGAAAGUGCUGAACAGCAUUGCUUACAAGGCAACUGUAAAUGCCCGCCCCCAGCGCAUCCUUGACACAUCCUCUGUCACACAUUCUGCUCCAGCCAGUCCUACUAACAAAGGCAUGCACAUACAUCAAGUAGGAGGGUCACCACCCACUGCCAGUACCAGCAGCUCUAGUUUGACCAAUGAUGUGACAAAACAGCCUGUCAAUCGGGACAUCUCAUCCGUAAGACCUGCAAAUGUUGGCAACAUGGGAGUGCAGUACACUCCCCACUCCCACCAGUUUCCUAGGACAAGGAAAAUGUUUGACAAAGGCCCAGAUCAGACAGCUGAUGAUACUGAUGAUACUGUGGGUCCCAAAAAUUUCAUGUCAGCAACGAUGCAGACAGGGUUUUGUGAUUGGAGUGCCAAAUAUUUUGCCCAGCCAGUGAUGAAGAUUCCAGAAGAGCACGAUUUGGAGAGCCAGAUCCGCAAAGAGAGGGAAUGGCGAUUUCUGCGCAAUGCCCGAGUCCGAAAGCAAGCACAGAAAAUUAUCCAAAAAGGUAUUUCAAGACUAGAUGAUCAAAUAUUUCUGAACAGGAACCCUGGGAUGCCUUCUGUAGUCAAGUUUCACCCAUUCACCCCAUGUAUAGCAGUGGCUGACAAAGAUAGCAUCUGUUUUUGGGAUUGGGAAAAAGGGGAAAAGUUGGACUAUUUUCACAAUGGAAACCCACGUUAUACUAGGAUCACUGCCAUGGAAUAUCUGAAUGGACAAGACUGUUCUCUACUCCUGACUGCUACAGAUGAUGGUGCUAUAAGGGUAUGGAAGAACUUCGCUGACCUGGAGAAGAACCCAGAGAUGGUAACAGCCUGGCAGGGUUUGUCAGACAUGCUACCAACAACACGUGGUCUGGCCCGAAGGGUUUCAAUCUAUCUUGACAGAAGUAAACAGGGAGGAGCAGGAAUGGUGGUGGAUUGGGAACAAGAAACUGGACUUCUCAUGACUUCCGGAGAUGUGCGCAUUAUCCGAAUCUGGGAUACAGACCGAGAAAUGAAAGUGCAGGAUAUUCCCACUGGGGCUGACAGCUGCGUCACCAGUCUGUCCUGUGAUUCUCAUCGUUCACUCAUUGUAGCAGGGCUUGGAGAUGGCUCCAUUCGGGUUUAUGACCGACGGAUGGCUCUGAGUGAAUGUCGUGUGAUGACCUAUCGAGAGCAUACAGCCUGGGUGGUGAAGGCAUAUUUGCAGAAACAUCCUGAAGGCAACAUCAUGAGUGUCAGCGUAAAUGGAGAUGUCCGUUUCUUUGACCCAAGAAUGCCAGAAUCAGUAAAGGUCCUUCAGAUAGUCAAAGGACUAACAGCUUUGGACAUUCACCCCCAAGCCAACUUAUUUGCAUGCGGUUCUAUGAAUCAGUUCACUGCAAUCUACAAUGGGCAUGGUGAGCUGAUCAACAAUAUCAAGUAUUAUGAUGGAUUCAUGGGCCAGAGAGUGGGUGCCAUCAGCUGCCUAGCCUUUCAUCCACACUGGCCUCAUCUGGCAGUUGGAAGCAACGACUACUACAUCUCCGUGUAUUCAGUAGAGAAACGAAUCAGAUAACAGUGUGUGACUGCUUUGUCAGGGCAGGACAUCUUCUGGCAGGCGAAACCAUGGCUCACUUUAUGAUGUACAUAGUGAAAAUAUGACUUGAAUGUUUAGUGUUGGCUGCUGCUGCUGUGCAACCCCGUAACUUGAACGUUUUUUUCUUCCUGACUUAGCUACUGAUGAUUCUGCAUCAGAGGGGAGGGAGAGAAGCAUGGUUUUCUUCACAGCCAGAACUUCCAGGAACUAUUGGAAAGGAGAAUUUAAGUUUUCAGUGAGUUCCACCACCACCACCACCACCACCACCACCACCAAUGACUGCUUCUCUGGUUGUUUAAACUAUGAGACAACUUCUUCUCAGAACAGGGAUGGGGCUUCCUCUAAAUCAGGAAUGAAUUCUGAACAUAUCUACUGUUCCACAUAUUUUUCCUAGAAAGUCUGUGGCUGCUACCUGUUUUGUGCCAAGUGCUAGCCCUGGCAGUUGCAUGCUAGCAGGCUGCCUGAUUUGGAUAGUCCAUGUGUAUUUUUCCACUCUGUAUGCCACUGGCCAUCUCUGUCAUUCACUGUCCUGCUGGAAAUAAGAGAAAGUAUUAGUGGGAAUCCUAAGGGGGAGAGAGAGAAUGUCAAUGCUGCAGAUAUAGAGUUGGCUGCCACUAUGGAAGGGAAAACAGGAAACUACCCCAGUUUCUGUGGUGUUCAUUGGAAAACAGGUGUACAUCUGAGUAGCUGUAUCAAAAAGCAUCACAGGGCAAGAGACCUUCCCCUUUUAUGCCCUCUCCAUCCGUAAGCAGUGAUCCUCUGCUCCUUUUGCUCAUGGUAGAACCCCAUAAGCACAAGAAAUGGCCUGCUACCUCUGCAGAGACAGUAAAGAUUUCACUUAUGGUACCACUGCCUUAAAUCCUCCCUCCCUCCCCAACUCUGUUUUGCAGAAGUGCUAUUGAUUAGCUUAGUAAUGGAUGCAGGUACUUGCAGCAGGCAUAUUGACCAGUGCCCAAGUAGAAGUCCUCCUCUGCUUCAGAUACUUGCACAGCGGCAAGCUCUGCAUAUGCCUAGGACUUUUAUAUUUGCAGGGGCAUGUGAUCACUGCAAAGAACUGUUGAUUUCCCACACCUUGGAGACCAUGAUCUGGCCAAAGCCUAAGAGAAAUAAUCUCAUGUAGAGAACUGCCUGAAUAGCUUA